UUAAGAGUGUGCACACGAAGAAUACCAGUGAUUUGCCAAAAACAUAAUUGUUUAAAUAAAAGAAAUAGCUUAAAAUGGCCCCUAAAGAUUCGAGUUAUAUCGAGUGGGCUCAUAAAACUGCGGCAGAGAAGAAAACACACGUUAGUUUCCCACAGUUAAAGUACCCCUCUCUUAGAGAUGGAGGGUUGAGGGACCCAGUACAAUGGUUGGAAGGAAAAGCUAUGGAUGAUGGUGCAGAAGGCUUAUGGAGGAUACGGAACUCUCUUUACGAUUUCACGGAGUUCUUAAACAAACAUCCUGGCGGUUCCGAGUGGCUGGAGCUUGCUAAAGGAACCGAUAUAACAGAAGCGUUCGAGUGCCACCAUCUAAACCCAGUAGUGGAAAAAGUUAAAGACAAAUACUAUGUGAGAGAUGCUAAAACUCCAAGAAAUUCACCGUUUACUUUUGAAGAAGAUGGUUUUUAUAAAACUUUGAAACGGUCUGUGGCUGAAGAGCUAAAGAAAAUUCCUGAAUCGGAGAAGAAACGGUCUACUUUGAUAAUUGAUGGACUUUUUGCAACGUUACUGAUAUCAUCGGCUUUGUCUUGUUGGGCUACCAAUUACUGGAUUGUGAUGGUCUCAUAUUUGGUAGCGUCCCUCACUUUAGCAUGGACGACAGUUGCAGCUCAUAAUUACAUUCACAUGAAGACUAAUUGGAGGAUGUAUCUUUUUAACUUAAGCUUAUGGUCUUAUAGGGAUUUCAGAGUUUCACAUGCACUCUCUCACCAUGUCUACCCAAAUACCCUGAUUGAUUUGGAGAUCAGCGGCUUCGAGCCCAUUGUGACUUGGAUUCCUAGAAAGAAACCAGUUUUUGCAAAGUUCACCCUACUGAUAGAGACUAUAGUGUUUCCAUUCCUGUUUAUCCUAAACUUUUUAAAGAGGUUUAUCAGCAAUUUCAUCCGCAAAGGUUUCUUCACUCGCCACUACAGAUGGCAUGACGUCAUUGGUCUCCUUCUUCCCGUCUGGAUGUACUUCGCCAGUGGGUCCACUUUCUACCACGCCUUUGUUAACUGGUUGUGGAUUAACUGCACUGCAAGCUUUAUCUUCUUCACCAUCGGAUCUAAUGCUGCUCACCAUCAUCCUGAUAUUUUCAAAGACGGCGAUCAGCUAAAAGAGAAGACUGUGGACUGGGGCAUGCACGAGCUUGAAGCUGUUAUGGACCGUAACGACAUUAACGACAAUUUCUUCAAAGUGAUGACAUUCUUCGGAGACCACGCACUGCAUCACCUGUUCCCAACAUUGGACCAUGCUCUCUUGAGGCACUUGUACCCUGUAUUCUUAAAACACUGCGAAGAAUUCAGGGCUAACUACAGACUGACGUCACAAUAUGAUUUCUUCAUUGCUCAGCUCCGAAUGGCGGUAAAGGAAGAUCCGAACGUUUUGAAAGAAUCAUCAUAAAAUUGGCUUUUAUGUAACUAAGUCUGUAUUUAUAAAUUUGUUAUGUUAUUAUUUAAUUAUGAGUUUUUAUUCCAAUAAGUAAUAAUAUUAAGUAUAUUAUGAAGCAUACUUUCAAUUCAAGCAAUAACGGGAGCUCAUUAGACUUAAGGACAGGCACGCAUUUAGACUAAAAUACCAAACAGAAUCCUACUAAGAGGAUGCCUGCCAAGACCCUGUCUUUUCUGUAUCCAAUAGAAUUUAGGCAUUCUAUUGAUUUUAAUGAAAUGGCAGCUAUCCACGAGGUCAAUGAGUGAUGCAUCAACUUUUCACUAGUGUCGUGAGCAGUGAGAUAACGCAAUUAAUAAACAAUAAUAUAUUUAUGAUGUCAUGCACGAUGUCAUGCAAUAUUAUGCGCUUCAACUGUGGAGUAUGACUUCAUUUGGAAAACAAUUUGUUUACUAUGAUAUUUUUGAUCACCUAUUCUUGUGAGAUCUUAUCGAAAAUUAUUGGUAUUUUCUCCACAAGUGGGAAUGCUAGAAUCUGAACGAAUCUGUUUCCUAUUUUCUCGUGCAAUUGUAUGAGAUGAAACACCAACGUGGGUUAUCUUAGCACGGACCCAUCGUGGAGCAGGAGAAGGAAUAUUGUGGUUUUAGCGUCUGACACUGAUAGUUAGGGCGGGAGAAGUCAUUUGAUAAUAUUUACCCUGAAUAA